AGGGACCAUUGGUUGGAACCCUUUUGCUAUCCAAGAUUGCGUUGAGCCUGAAUGGAUAACAUCAUCUCCUUCUUCUCGCUGUCAACCCUCUUCCUGUAUAUAUGGUGGAUGACAACUAUUUCCUUUUUCCAAUCUUAUCAGCUCGUUGGGGCCACAAACGAUGGCGCUUCUACCAUAAGUUCUUAUUGGAAUGAGGUCUUCCCCAGAACCCCCAUGCCCAAUGCCAUUCAAGCUCUCCUGCCAUCCUCUCUAGAGAUAUCAGGAUUUAGUCGUGGUCUUCACCACUAUGACCAAGAGAGAACAAAUCCUGGUGGUCGAGCCUGGGCUAAAGGCUGGGGUGUGUUGGGUAAUGACCACGAUCAGUUUAAGCGUAAUUGGUCACCGAACCUUGCACCUCUGUAUUUCUUAAGGGACGACCUGCAGCCUGGUAGAAAGAUGAACGUCACCAUGAUGAUCAGUAGCCCAGUAGUGCAUGGUUCUAACGGUGCUAUCAACAUUGAACCAACCUUCUUACCACGCCAACAAACUCAAGCAAUUCCCUUCUUGACCUCUAAUCUCACUACCAUCCUUAAGAUGUUCUCCAUUGAACCCCACUCUGAGCAUGCAUCUCUUACAAAGCAAACGCUAGAAGAUUGCGAGAGGCCUGCACUUAAAGGAGAAGUUAAGUACUGUGCAACAUCUCUGGAAUCCAUGAUCGACUUCGUUGUCGCGGAACUUGGAAGCCGUGAGAUUCAUGCAGUGGUCACUUCCGUUGUUAACAAAGAGGAGAAAGUGAAGGCCAGGACUUACAGGGUAGGUGAUGGAGGGGGGAAGGUGAUGUCUCCCAAAGUUGUGACAUGCCACGACGUGACGUUUCCUUAUGCCGUCUUCUACUGCCAUAAUUUUCCGGGGACAAGGCCAUACAUGGUUCCAUUGAUUGCUGACGAUGGUAGCCUGGUGAAUGCCAUUGCUUUGUGUCAUUUUGAUACAUCAAAAUGGAAUCCUGGCCAUGCCAGCUUCCGGUUUCUAGGCGUCAAACCUGGAACCGUUCCCAUUUGCCACUUCAUUGUAAAAGACCUUGCUUGGGUCCCCAACUAAUCUACAUGCUGCCUGCUUAGUUCCCAACCUUUCCUUGAGCUGUCUGGAGAGCCCUUGAAUAAAAUCCAGGGCAGAAUUCCUCUA